AUGCCAACACCCGAGUGCUUGGAGUACCUCCCGUCUGAACGGCGCGCUUUCGAGUUGUUCAUGCAGGAUCUGCGUGCUACACCGCUUCCCAAGCCAGGUUCUUUUGAAGGCCGCGGCAUUGUCAUGAGCGGAGGGCCCAUGCACGUGCUGCAGGCCAUUGCAAAUUUGGAGGUUUUGCGAGUACAGAUGAAGUCCAAUUUGCCUGUCGAGUUUUGGCAUGCCUUUGAGCUGGAAGAAGCCCACUGCGAUGCCUUGGCCACGUGGGGCGCCGCCUGCCGGAAGCUCCAGGUUCCGGGAGUUUAUAGAGACUUCCAGACGAUUCUACCGUCCAUCAUGUCCUCAUCCUUCAAGGAGAUCCUGUGGGUGGACACAGACAUCACUCUACUGUACAGGCCAGAGCUGCUCUUCGACUCGCCUCAGUUUCUGCGUCAAGGAGCACUCUUCUGGCCAGAUCACUGGUCCUUCGAUUGCCGACCGUGGGGUCACAGUGCCCGGUCCAACCAUGUGAUCCUGAAGCUGCUGAACUUAGAGCACAACGCAUCGAACAUGCAUUAUGCGCACGAGCAUGAAACCAGCCACUUCUUCAUCAACAAGGAGAUGCAUUGGAAGCCUAUUUGUUUGGCCAAUUUCCUGGCAACCCGAACCUUCUCAAACGAGAUCCUGCAUGGGGCCAAGGACGUUUUCCGCUUUGCCUUCCUAAAGCUGAACGCUUCGAUCUGGCUCAGCCCGGUCCGACCUGGACUGAUCGGUGCGUUCAUGUUGAAUGGACUUUUCCUGCCGAGGGCAAUGCUGCAUUUCUGGCCAGCUGGGGGCUUCCUUGGCUCCGGCUCGCACGGUCGCAACGUGCUGCUUUGCAUUCAUCAGAAGAAGCAGCCCGGUAGCCUUUGGAGCGAGAUCAUCACAUUUGAAGUGCCGAUUGGCACCUGUAGCUCUUACUUCCCCGUGGCCUUCGACCCGUUCGAGGCAACGGAUGUAAACAUCUGGCAGAUCGGCCAAACCGACCCACAACUUGCAGAAAACAUCAGUCUCGCAGAACAGCUGUGGGACGAGGCGUACUACAAGGCCCGUAACAACUUACUUCCUCUUCUGUCAAAAGAGGCUCAACAAAAGCUGCACCCCCAACGAAGCAAGACGGCCCAGACCUUGAGCCAUCUGGUAUGGUGCAGUGGUGCAGCACGAAGUGGCGGCCUCACAUCCAGCCUGUACUCUCCGAGUCGCAGGCUGUGA